CUACAUGUCUUUGGUGAAAAUAACCCAAAUUAGGAUGUAUUAUUUAGUCUGUAAGAAAGAGUUCGCAAACUAUGGAAUAUAUCUGAAAAUUGAUCAAUCCUGAAGUACUGACGGCCAAUCUAAUUUCUUGAGGUCCAAGAAUGUCAGAACUGUACAGAUAUCCCCCCAAUGACCCCUUUUUGCAAAGUAGACAGUUCAAUGUAUUUCAUAACAGGCAUGACGAGUUUUUUGAAGUUGUAAUUUUUUUGUCAUUUUUCGGGAAUGAAGAAAAUUUUUUUUUUUACAUACUGUCAACA